AAACGAUUCGCUUUCACCACACACCCACAGCUUCUGUGCGAUAGCCGGCGAUGCAAGAGCCAAGACUUUCCCAGGAGGGUCGGAGACCCAAAGGGAGCCCGACGAGGGCCCGAGGGCCCGCACACCCGAAACAAGUGUCCGCAUAUUCGAAGACGUUCUGGCGCCAUUGCGAUAACUUGUCGGAUCGGGAGCGUCUUGAGUGGCUCUUAGGGGUAUGCCGUCUGGGGGCAACUCCAGACCCUCUCUGGCCGUAUUGGGAGCACCGUGUGAGUCGUGGCCUGGACGCGUGGCAAGCGGAGCCCGCUCUUCUAGGGAGGCGCGGGGCAGGAAGGUGUGGGACGUGGCGGGAGGCGGCGCGCAGAGCGCAAGAGUGGCCACGCAACGCGACGAAAGUUCGACCAUCAUAGUUCGGCGUCGCCCGAGCACUGCUUUCUGUCCUUUGUCAGGUGGGGGCGAUGGCGGACCUGAUGCAAGAGGAUGCGGAUGCCGAGAAACGGAGACUGUGAUUCUGGUGUCUCACAGCAGACCUCACAAUUCCAAGGUUUCCGACCUGCCCCGACCGUGAGCACGGCAUACGUGUCUGCAGCAAUGCGUGCAGGAAGGGUCAGUUGUGAAGCACUUGCGUCCGAAGUGUCCAUAUCUCGACACCGAAGGACGGCGAGCCAUCCUCGUUGGAGGCCGCGCGGAAAUUCAGCCAAGAUCACGACAUCCCGUUUGUCACGGCCGACCAGCUGAGGUCGUUCAGAUGUCGCAGCGAGGGGUCGGUCGGGGUGCGCGACCAUGCCCCCCCCACGCUGGACGCGGAGAGCCAGAUGUGGAUCGAGGACGUGGAGGCCGACUGCUCCAUCAAGUUUUACAGCACGAGCUCGAACAUAGAAAUCGUUGCGAUAGUGAAGGGCGACCUCAAGGGGCAGGACGGGGUACCGGCCCGUGUUCACUCGGAGUGCUUCACGGGCGACGUGAUAGGGUCCAAGCGGUGCGAUUGCGGGCAGCAGCUGCACAAUUUCCUCCGGAUCAUGAACACAGAGCCUUGCGGGGUGCUGCUUUACAUCCGCGGGCACGAGGGCCGGGGGAUAGGGCUGGCGAACAAGAUCCGGGCGUACCACCUGCAGGACCAAGGGGUCGACACUGUCGAUGCCAACUUGCAGCUCGGGCUUCCGGUGGACACCCGAACCUAUGACGACUCGUUGUUUGUGCUCCAAGACCUUGGACUAAGGACCGUACGCCUGUACACGAACAACCCCUUGAAGUCUGGCGGCGUCCUGUCGAAGAUCGUGAAGGACGUCACGGCGUUGCCGUCGGUCGAGAACGAGCGCAACAGGGCGUACCUACAGACGAAACGCGAGAGGAUGAAUCAUCGCACCGUCUUAGAGACCUUCAAGUUGCCGCCGCCGGCCCUGGACGUUGCCAAAGCCGUGAUCGGCGUGGUGUACACCACUUGGAACGAGUUUUAUGUCAAGGUGAAGAGGGUGAGAAGCGGGGAUGGGGACGAUGUUUCUAAGGUCCGGAGCAUGAAGCUCGCGGUUCCGGGGGCCUGCGAGCUGAUCAGCGGAGCGCGUGCAGUUAUUCGACAGGCCAAGCCCGACGCCGUCAUCGUCAUCGGUGUCCUCAUCCGUGGCUCCAGCGACAUCUACGAUGCUUCCUGCAACGCGGUCAUGACCGGGCUCACGGAGCUCAACGCCAACCAGGACACGCCGAUUGUCAUGGGCUUGUUGAUGUGUCAGAAUGAAGGCCAGGCGCACGAUCGGUCGCACGGGCCGAACAACCCCGCGAAGGCGUGGGCCGAGACGGCCCUCCACAUGGCGUCGCUGUCCGCCAGCUCCACAUGA